AUGGACCACGGCGAUCAUGACAUGCCCAUGCCCUCGGGGCCGAAGUGCUCCAUGAACAUGCUGUGGAAUACGCAGAUCGAGGACACUUGCGUCGUGUUCCGCUCCUGGCAUGUCUCGUCCAAGACGACGUUCGUCGUCUCUUUCUUCGCCAUCGUCGCCCUCGGCGUCCUCUACGAGUGGCUCCGCAUCGCGCAGCGCGACGUCGACCGCUUCAUCGCGCGGCGGCUAAUCGCGGAGGGCAAGGGCAAGGCGCGCCUCGUCAGGAGCGGGCGUAACACGCCGGACAGCGACUCGGAGGGUGCGGGACUAUUGACGGGCGCUGCAGUCUCGAAGGUCCAGACGGGGACCCCUCUCCCCUUACUCGCCCGCGUGACCCGGGCCGUUCUCUAUGGACUGACGGUGUUCCUGUCUUUCUUCCUCAUGCUGGUGUUCAUGACUUACAACGCAUACUUGAUUCUCGCCGUUGUUUUGGGCGCUGGCAUCGGUCACUUUGUCUUUGGGUCCCACAUGGACUUAAACGCUGCUCUGUCCGGUCCUGUGGACGCCAAGGGGAUGGCUUGCCACUAG